ACGAAUUUUUUCCAGGCUACCAUGAAGAACGGUCGUCGUUUUAGUACAAAUGCAGCGUAUUUAUUUCCCGCAAGAAUGAGACCGAACUUGCAUGUGAAAAAGUACAGCACUGUGACACGAAUAUUAAUAGAAAAAGGUACGAAAAAAGCAAUAGGAGUAGAAUUCGUAUCAAAUCGUAAAAAAUAUAGAGUAUUUGCGCGCAAAGAAGUUAUUAUUUCUGGCGGAGCCAUAAACUCGCCACAGUUACUUAUGCUAUCGGGGAUUGGACCGGAAGAACACUUGAAAGAUUUAAAAAUUCCAUUAGUAAAAAACUUGCCGGUUGGUGAGAAUUUGAUGGAUCACGUUGCACUGGGAGGCUUGAGCGCUUUGAUAAAUGAUACAAUUUCAUUGAAAACCGAACGAUUAAUGAAGGAUCCAUUUAAUACGAACGAGUACCUCAAAAAUUCUAAAGGUCCGUACACAAUUCCGGGUGGUGCGGAAGCUUUGGCAUUCUUCGAUUUAGACCGACUGGGGUUGGCAGACGGACACCCGAACUUGGAAUUACUAUUAAUUUCCGGGCUAUUUUCUGACAACGAWUACACUCACCGACUGUUUGGUUUGAAAUCCGAAGUUUAUGAAAAAGUGUACAAGAAAACUGAAAAAAUGGACGGGUUUACGGUGUUCCCAAUGAUCAUGCGACCGAAAAGCAAAGGUCGACUGUGGUUAAAAGACGCAAACCCGUUCCAUUAUCCACUAAUCGAUCCCAACUACUUUUCUGACGAGACGGACUUGGAUGUGGCCGUAGCCGGGGUGCGGAUUUUCCAAAAAAUGUUGAAAACCAACGCUAUGAAGAAGCUCAACGCCACGUUGUUCGACACCCCAUUGCCGGGUUGCGUGCGACACAAAUUCGACACAGACGCGUACUGGAAAUGCUCAGCGAGACAAAUAAGUUUUACCAUCUAUCACUUGUCGGGCACGUGCAAAAUGGGACCGGUGGGUGACCCCACGGCCGUGGUGGAUCCCAGAUUGCGUGUGCACGGCGUGAGCGGAUUGAGAGUCAUCGACGCGUCGGUCAUGCCGGWARUACCGGCAGCACACAUCAACGCUCCGACGAUUAUGAUCGGCGAAAAGGGAGCAGACAUGAUCAAAGAAGACUGGGGCAUUAGGAUAUAGCACAGAUCAAUCACAUUAUAUUAUUAACAACCUAGUCAAAUUUGUUGUAAAUACUUCGUUAUUAUUUAAACAAUUAUUACGAAGUGUUCAAUCGUCCUCGACUGGUAUACCGUAUACCUAUUUUAAUUUUAUGCAUUUACGAUAUACCUGUAUUUUCUAAAGAAAAACAACUUUUAACAAGUGUAAUGCUCGGUAUCCGCGUGCCUGUGUUAACUGCUAUUUGCUAGUAUUUAUUACUUACCCAUACCACAUAAUCGAAUAUUUUACAAUAAAAAAAUAACAAGCAAAAAGGCUGGARUGCCUUGAUCGGUCAUAGUAGAUGCUCAUGAUGUAUCAAGGCUCUCAGCAUUCAAGUAUGAAACCCGUUUCUGUAGUAGUUUAUCUGUAUUUAAUAUAAUUAUAUUCAGAUCAGUACCUAGACACUAGUUUUUCUUAUUGAUCAAAAAAAGUACUAGCACUAUUCGCAAAAACGAAAUAAAUUGGGUACCAUUAUUUUGGGCGCUUUAAAUUAUUAUCGUUUUUAAAGUACAGUUUGUGUACAUUAAUUGAAGCUCUCUUCUCUUCAAGUGUGCCUUUAAUUGUAUUAUACAUAAUACCCAAGACUAGUCUGCUACCUAUACAAUAAUUAGUGAAUAGAAGUAGUUUAAGGUGGCUUCAGUUUUAAUACUCUGAAAGAAAUAUAUAAAGAAAUUAUGGGAAUCUCACUAGUUAAAAUUAUUUAAUCUAAUCAAAACCUUUUAGGUAAACACCUAUCUAUUUUAAAAUAAUGCUUAGGUAGUAAACCAUAAUGCUUUUGUGCCAAUUAAUUUAUUUCCUAUUUAACUGUUAUGUUUCACUAACUAUUUUAAUGAGUAUUUAAACCAAUUCAAAGUGUAUGUAAAUAAAUAUUUUCAAAAUCAAAUGUUAAAUAUCAAUAUUAGUUAAUAUUUAUUUAAAAUUGGUUGACUUGGUCUACACCUAAUAUUAUAAAAAUACAUUUAGAAAACUAUUUAAACAAAAGCUGUAGAGACAUGRACAAUGACAUUAAUUGUAUAAUACAAUUAUUGCAUAGUAAUAAUUGACCAACUAUAGGACCAUGAAAUUUAGAAAAAUUUUCCAGCAAAUAAUGUAAAAUAAUUAUUGUUAUUGAAAAAAAAAAUAAUUGCCUUAUAUAUAUAUUUAUAAAUUGAUACUGAUGUUGGCUGUUACCUCUAAUAUAGUGACAGUCACUCCUCACUGCAGUCAACAAAAGUAAAUUUUAUUCAUUUCAAUUAUACAACACACAACUUAAUUACUUCUCAACUAGGUAUACAGUGUAUGCUUAAGUUUCAACUUAUAACUAGGAUUAGGAAGUUUAUGACCUUAAAAAGUCGAAAAUGAAUGCAAAUAUGUCCUAUAUCAAUAAAAUAUGACAUGAAAAUAUGUUACCUACAUUUUUUAAAAUUAUCAUACAAAUGUAUAAAAAAAUAAAUAGAUUUAGAAUUUAGAUUAUGAAAAUUUWAAUUUUUGAUCUUAAAGGUUAAAGUUUUUUGUAACAUCUGUUUUUAUCAAAAUAUGUAAAAUAAGUAUUGAAAACAUAAAAAUAUCCUUAAAACUUAUAAAUAUACAAAAUAUAAUUAAAUGUAUCUGAUUGUAUGCCAUACAAAAUGAAUUUAUAACUUGGUUUAUGAUGUGCAUGAGUGCAAAACAAUAAAAGAAAAAAAAAUUUUAAAGUCAUAAACAUCCAGACCCUACUUAUAACCAAAAUAUGUAUUACAACACUAGAUUUAAUGUUGUGAAACCUGUUUUAUAGUCAAAAUUAAAAAUUAAGAACUUAUUUUAUGAUGGUAAAAUGUAMAAUAUAAAUUAUAUUGUUUUCAAUAACUAAAUGCAUGAUUGUAUUA